CUCCCCAUCAUGGCGCCCCUCGCCGCGCCGUUACGUGAGGGGAAGGAGCCUGCGCGGUGCGCUCCGGAGCGGCGGUUGGCGGCGGACGGGAGGGAGGGGAGGAAGAUGGCGGCGCCGGUUCGAGCCGUCACCCGGGCGACGCGGCGGACCCGGGGCCGGCAGCCCUGAGGGCUCGGCCUGGCUGCGGCGGGCGAAGGGAGCUGUGAAGUGGAAUGCCAUGGCCAGCUCCUCGGACAGUGAAGAUGAUGGUUUCAUGGCUGUGGAUCCAGAAGACGCCGUGGUGGAGGGGACGAUGGAGCAAGAUGAUGAGCCACACACUGAGCUGGAGGUGGAAGAGACCAGGCACAACAGAUCAAUGCUGGAGCUUCCUGAAGAGGUUUUGGAAUAUAUCCUCUCCUUCCUCUCGCCCUAUCAGGAGCACAAAACUGCUGCCCUUGUCUGCAAACAGUGGUAUCGACUCAUCAAAGGCGUGGCCCAUCAGUGCUAUCACGGCUUUAUCAAAGCAGUGCAAGAAGGAAACAUUCAGUGGGAGAGCCGCACUUACCCCUACCCCGGCACCCCCAUCACCCAGCGCUUCUCACACAGUGCGUGUUACUAUGACUCUAACCAGUCCAUGUACGUGUUUGGUGGCUGCACACAGAGCAGUUGUAACGCUGCCUUCAACGACCUCUGGAGACUCGACCUGAACAGCAAGGAGUGGAUCCGGCCCCUGGCUUCAGGCAUGAGAUGACAUCAGAGCUGGAUGAUUCCUCUCCAGCCCGAGCUGCUGCACUUCACCCAGCAGUAAAUAUUUAGCCUUCAAAGCAGUAAUUGGCCUGUGUUGCUUUUAGUCUCAGAGAGGAGGAGGGAGAUAAUUGCUUCCAAAAACCCUAAUUUUUGAGGUUUCAAAGUAUUUUUGUGCUUAGAUCUAAAACAAUGGCAUUGACUUUGGGCUUAUUAGGCUGGUGCAGAACAAGAGAGUCAACGCCUGGCUUUUAUAUAGUGCUUUUUCCUGGUGGGGCUCAACGCUCUACAAAGGAGGGCGUAAAGGCAGCAGGAUCUCUAUUUUAGGCACGUGAACAGGAAUGCCUCUCAACCCUUCUCCCUCAAGCUCUUUUGGCCACUUUGGAGCUGUUUUCCACCUCCUCCACUCCCACACAGGAGCCUUGCCAGAGCAGGAGGAGAGCUGUAAUUAAUGGCCCUGGCAUUACGUGGGAAGGCUGCAAUGUUAUCCCAGGGUAGGUGGUCUCUGGGAGGCAGGAGCCUUUCUCCAUGUGUUAGGGAUGCUUGCUUUAUUCUCUCUCGAUUUGCAUAAUUAACCUGGGCACUUGUUUGACUUGGAGCCUAUCUGCACAGAGGAGAACCUGACAGAGAGGGCUGGAGGUGGUUUACACUGGAGUCUGUUGAUGCAGCUGGAGGCAAGGGUUAGUCUCCACUCUGACUCAAGCUGCAGCACGCCGCUCCCGCAGAGAGGGCGCACGCAGGGUGGCUUUGGUGGCAAUAAUCCUCUGGUGCUCCCCCCAAAACAAGCUCUUGUGCAGCUGAAACAGCCAGGGAAGAAACCAAACCCCUUUGGGAUGGGGAGUACCAGGGUUUCAUGCAAUGGGGGAUGUUGGGGUUCCCAUAGUGUGGAGGCUUUGGCGUGGGCUUGGAGUUGGCUGAUGCAGGCUGUGCUGGUGGCAGGGAAGGUUUGUCCUGUUUCCAUGUGGUUGUGAAGCACUCUGGAUGAGAUCCUGUCCAUCUCUGCAAUGAAUGCUGCUGGCAGAGGCUGCCUCGGCCACCAGCACUGACCCAGGACCUUCCCCAUCAUCUCUCUCCUGUUGUGUCCUCCUUGGGCUGCAGGGGAUAACUUCGAGGUGUAUCCAUAUCCGCAGGCAGUUUUCCUUCUGGCCUGCUGUGCUGUUCCAGACUCUGUGUUCCUGCAGACUUUCUCCCUUCCUGUAUUUGUUAGUUUAUGUUUCUCGGGAGCCCUGCACUUGGCCUCUGCCUGCACCAAACUGGGAAAUACCUUUUAUAAACCAGAGAGAAAAAUGCCAGGAGGUUUGCCCAUGCUCCCAGGGGCUUAGGGACAGAGAUGGAAAGCUUUUCUUUCCCAAACCAAGCCUCUUGCUGUGCUGGCAGAGUCAGGAAUGGUGUUACAAAGAGCAGGUCUUUGAGGGAGAGGAACGUGAGCUGAAGUUCUGCAGGAUCUGCACAUCCUCCCUGUUGUUUCUGCUUUAUCACCCGCAGCCAAGCACGAUCCCAUCUCCUCUCCAGGUACCUGGGGAGGCAGGAGAGCUGGAAAGGCCCCAGUUCCCCCCUUGGUGCUGUGUGUUUUCCCACUGUGAGAUCCCACUGUGCUAUCAGGGGACUCAGGAGACUCGUGGCUCUGCUCUUCCUGUUUGCUAUGGGAGGCUCUCCAUGUGCCCACCCUUCCGCCGGGGAGGUGGGACUCCAGGACCUGUUUCCUGGUGGUUUGCUCUCCCUGCACUCAUGCUGCCUUUGUUUUCGCUGGGAGAUGGGAAAGCUGUUCAUGUCCCUCAGGAUUUGAGGAUAAAACCAGCCUUGGAGGUAAACCUCGUUCAUUAAAUGCUCUGAUCCCCUCUGUCCAUGUUCAGUGUCAAGGCACAGCCACAUCAGAGCAGCCGAUGCUCCCUGCUUUAGCCUGUAAAUGAGCAGAGCCCAUCAGCCUCAAGUUUGCCCUGCAAACCUCCCAGGUAGCCUUAACCCAACCCCGUAAGUGUGCAAAAAGCCCUCUCCCACGUUGGUUGUUGGUUGUUCUUGGCUCUGUUCUUCCCCCAGGCCCUCUCUCAGUGCUUUGAGUGGGAGCUGCUGGAGUUUAAGGCUCAGGUUUCCCCUUGUGAGCUAUGGGGAAGGUGCCUUUGAUGGUGUUGUGUCAACAGAGCUAACAACCCAGCGCAGGCAGGAGAGGCUCUGCUGUCACCUGCCCCAGGUGCUUCUAUCAGAUGUGGUCCCUGGUAGUUGAGGAGCGGUUUGUCCUUGAUAAAGCUCUGCAAAAACCUUGCCUGGAGCCAAAAAAACCCAGCCCUGUUUUCAUCAUCCCCUUGGAGAAACCAGGGCAAGCGCUCAGAGCAGCUGGUGAAGUCUCAGAAUGCUGGUCCUGGGCUGGAGUGAGUUUCCUCCUCAGGGCUGUGAGCCUUAUGGAGCUGAAAGGAGACA